UAAUGCCGAUAACAUCGGUCUUGUGGUUUAAUUUAUGCCCAUAUGAAGAAAAAAAACUUUCUUCGAUUAGUUGGCCACCAUAUGGAGGAGGCGGGAGGCAAGUUCAGAUGCCAUGCAUUGUGAUCUAAAGCUGACGCAUAAUAAUGCCUUUCCAAUGUGGACCACGCCCGUUAUUAUGACGAACUGCUUAUUUCGAAAUUCGUUUUACCGUUUUAUUACAUUGUUACCUCUAUUGGUAAAGUAAUUUGACAUCAUAUUGUUUUGCGUUUAUAAUACGGGAAUUGAAAAGAGGACAGUUUCUUCGCAGAGAGAAUUCUCUCUAUGAGGUGAUGCUCCAUUGAAGCCGAGAUGUCCUACAGCUAUCCCGCCAAAGUCAACGUGCCUCCGGGUUUGAGGACGCUUUUGGAAGGCCUCAGUCGGGCGGUAGUGAAAAGGCGGCCAGAUUACAUCUCACAGUUUGCUCAGUUGUACUUUGCUGAGCUCUUGCGCUUCAGGACAGAAAAUCCAACUCUUGCUAUCAAAGCCCUCGUGAGAGAAUUCAAUACAACUAAAGUGCCUAAGUUACCAAGUCAUGGCAUUGGAACUGUGAUUGCUCCACUGGCAGUUCAGAAUGAAAGUGCCACAGCAGUCUCUUCUGGUGGUCCAUAUGUCCAACCAUGUGGAGUUCACCCUCCAGUCGGUAUUUUCCCAACCCUUCCCAGUAUUCCAGGAGUGGAGGAGCAGCGUGCUGAGCAGCCCUGGAUCCACAGCCAGGACAUUCUGUACACUGUCUCAACAUUGCCUGUUCUAUCAGACUCAAUUGAAGCUUCAGAAGUAACUUCCCUAGCAAGCCAAUACCUCAAUGACAAUGGCCUUCAGAGCCUUCUGCAGACAGGUAUCUCUAACGUGUCCCCUCACCCCAUCUCAGCAGAGCAGACCGAUGAUGUAGUCGUCUUCCGCAGGAAAUCCAGCACUGAAUGCAUGACGGCUGACUGUGACAUCAACUCUGCUGCUUCAGACCGGACCCGGCGAACCGAGUCAGCUCUCUUCGAGAGGGUCCCACUGAGUGAGAUCGAUCUCAUAUCCAAUGCUGUUCUGAUCAGGACACCUUCUGUGCCCUGUGAGUACAUGAUUGUGGUGCAGUCAGACAAUGUCCCAGAGACCAUAGUGUUUCAGAGAGACUCAUCAGUCAGUAAGAAAAUGAGGAAUGCUCGAGCAGCAGCUGGUGGUGCUGCCACUGGUGCACCGGGCAACGCCCAGUCUGACUGCACACCCUGUUUGACCCCGCCUAUAGCCCCAUCACAAAUGGUCAAAGAUCAGCCAGCCACCAAAUUGGUCACGCCCUUAGUGGUGACUGAGGACCCUCCGCUUUUUGGUGGUGGAAAUAAGGCUGUCUUAACCCAACUUGGUUGGAAUCCACUUUUACCUGGAGACAAUUCUUUCUACAAGCACAUGGACGUAAAUAAAGCAUUACCUGAUGCAAAUGCCUACAACCCCUACAUGAAUGAAAUGAUAGUGGAUCAAAUGAAUGGGGUGAACUUUGGUAUUUUACCCAAGGUGUCAGAUGAGAUGACAGGCUUCAAUGUUAUGGGCCCACCCACCUUCAUGCCACCAGGUGUUUCAGCAGCAGAAGAAAUAAGUGCUUCUAGUUUAGUGUAUCCUCCGAUUUCAGCUGGACAGGAGGCUAAUACACUCUGUUUGGUGCUCCCGACGAUUUCCAUUGCUCAAGAAAGUGGAGCACUCCCAUUGCUUAGCCCACCAUCUAUCUCAAAGCCACAAGCCAUUACAGUCCCCAGUGUGAUGUGCCCAGCCAUCUCACAACCAGAGGAAACAAAGACCUCCAAGGCAGUUGAAAUAGAGGCCCUCCGAUCAAUGUACCCUCCUAUUGUGCCACCCAGUUUACCAAACCCAUCUGUACCAGCUCCACAGGAAACAACAGCCACUCUGCUUAAUGCCCCAUUUUUGGCCCAGGAGGAAGCAAGACCCCCUUCAUUGCCACUCACCCAGGCCCCAGUUGCCCACAUGCAUCAGUGCACUGGUCAGAAUGCACUAGCAUUUCAUGUGAAUGAGGAGAGCAGAAGAACACCAUAUAUGAUUCCAUUGGUCUCCCAAAGCAUUAUGGGAGUGACACAGAUGUAUGUUCAACCACAACAACCCCAGUUCAUUCACAGCUGGUCCAGAGAAGCAGAUUCACAAAGGCCAUGUAACACAGCGCCUACUGCGGCCAUGCCAGAGUGCCAGUAUGUUAGACCUGAAGCAUGUGGUAGCAGCUGGAGACCUUGCCACCUGGCACGCCCUGAGUUUAUGGCCGGGAUGCCAACAGCUGUGGCUUGCCCAGGAGGAUCUAGGACUGUGAUUGGCUGUGGGCAAGAGCAAGGCUACCUCCCUGACCAGGCCAACUUGCCAAUGCACCAGGACUUUGGGCCCCGGUUCAGCUCCCAUCACAUACGUAUGUGUGGUGCCAACUUGUUUCAAACCCUCUGCCCCAUGAGUGGUGCCUACAUGCCAGUCAAACCCUCAGACCAUCGCUGCUGCCAGGCUGCCCCUGAUGUGGUCCUUCCACACUAUGCACUGAUCAACAGCCCAACUCACGGUGUUGCCUCUUAUCUUUGCCCUACUCCAUCAUCCAUGCAGCCCCAGGGUUUUGCCUAUGAUUCUGUCCACAUGUAUGGUCCCCACAGUGAAACUGUAAAUGCAAUGUCAUCCACCUUCAAUGUGAGGGCCCAUGCAGGCCACCAGCAAGGGACAACAGAACACUGCAGAGAGCCCAGUAAUAUGCCAAUGGGUGAACAUCCAAAUGAGCAGAAUUAUUCUGGUUAAUGACAGCACAUCGCCAGGAAUGAACAACUUAUUUAAUUUGUUCCUGAAAACAUACUGAACACCUUCAACAUUCUGCAAUAAACAUAGCUAUCUUAUGAAA